AGAGAAGGCACGCGCAGUUCUUCAGUGCAGCUGAACCGGGUUCAUGCGUGGAGAUCAAUCAGCUUUAGAGGAGUUUUAAAGAGCUCACGCGCUGGAAGAAAAAAGACGUUCAGAGACAGUUUGGCCGGCAGAACCGAAGCUCGUCGUUGGCGGACAGCUCCGCGGUGCUGAAAACUUAGUUGGAGUAGUGGACCGUGGAUAGUGGACAGCUCCAGGGUGCUGAAACUGAAUCAGAUUAGAGGAUCUAGCAGUUUGAGUAGUGUGAAUAGCACAGUUUCUUGCAGAUUUGUCACACAGUCUAGUCUAGUUUCAGUGCAACAGCCUCUGUUGUCAUAACUCGUACAGUUUGCUGGACAGCUCGUGGGACGUUGUUGGAAAAGAUUCUGAUUCUGAGAGGACACAGCUUUCAAUUCACUGGACAGCUUGAUGGUGCUGAACCCAGAAACUGAUCACUGAUUACUGAAAAGGAAGCUAAAAACAGAGUCUUCUUACACUGUGUUCCUCGUCAUGCUCGCAAAGAAGAUGGAGCGAAUCUCUUGGACACUUUUCCUACUCGCUCUCUUCGUCCCCGAGGGCGGUGCGCAAGACUUUGGGCAGACGCAGUUCAUCUGCACCUCGGUGCCGAAGGACAUGGACCUGUGCGCCGCCACCAUGCAGAACAGUGGACCGGCCGAGGACCUGAAGACCACCGUGAUGCAGCUGAGGGAAACGGUGCUGCAGCAGAAGGAGACCAUCAUGAACCAGAAGGAGACCAUCCGGGAGCUGACGAGCAAACUGAACCGGUGUGAGAGCCAGAGCGCUCCCGAGCCCGGGACAGGGGGCAGGAGGAAAGAGCAGGGCAAGAACACCAUGGGGGACGUGUCCCGAGGAGCCAGCGACACUUUAGCUCAGCUGGGGCAGACUUUAGCCACUCUCAAGCAGAGGCUGGAGAACUUGGAGCAGUACAGCCGGAGUAACGGCACAACGCAAGCCAACAGCCUGAAGGAUCUGCUGCAGAACAAGAUCGACGACAUGGAGAAACAGGUGCUGUCCCGUGUCAACACACUGGAGGGGGGCAAACCGGGCCAGAAAAACGACACAGAUCAGAGGAACCGAGUGGAGUCUACUCUCACCACUCUACACCACCGCAUCACCGAUCUGGAAAAAGGAACGAAAGGAAAUAAGCUGCAGGAUAAGUUCCAGCUGACCUUUCCAUUGCGCACAAACUACAUGUACGCUAAAGUGAAGCGCAGCCUGCCGGAGAUGUACGCCUUCACCCUCUGCCUGUGGAUCAAGUCCAACGCCUCCCCUGGGGUGGGCACGCCCUUCUCCUACGCCGUCCCGGGACAGGCCAAUGAGCUGGUGCUCAUAGAGUGGGGCAACAACCCAAUGGAGAUCCUCAUCAACGACAAGGUGGCCAAACUCCCUUUCCUCAUCAAUGAUGGAAAAUGGCAUCACAUGUGCAUCACGUGGACCACACGGGACGGGAUGUGGGAGGCGUUCCAGGAUGGUGUUCUGCGCGGGAGCGGAGAGAAUCUGGCUCCGUAUCACCCUAUUAAACCACAUGGGGUGCUUGUGCUGGGCCAGGAGCAGGACACACUGGGAGGAGGUUUCGAUGCCACGCAGGCGUUUGUAGGAGAGCUGGCCAACUUCAACAUCUGGGACAAGAAGCUGUCGUCCUCAGAGAUCUACAGCCUGGCCACCUGUAACAGCAGAGCACCGUCCGGUAACGUGCUGUCCUGGGCCGAGGGCAACAUCGACGUGUUCGGCGGAGCCACUAAGUGGACUUUCGAGCCUUGCCGUCAGCCCAACUGAACUGCAGCCUGAAAAAAAAAAAAAAACAGAAAAAAAACAAACAAAGCUGAUCCGAGACCCAAACCCUCGUUACCUUUCUUGCUUUCGUCUUUCUUGUCUUCAUUUUGAUGUUGAUAAAAACGAGAUCAAAAGAGAACAGUCCUUUAAUAAAUUGAAUAAGAGUUAAUAAGAUCAAGGAUUUCUAUCAGUACUUAAAUAUUUAUGUACGAAAAGACGAAAAACGCAUUGUCGCAUCAUUUGUUGUUGGAAAGCGCAGUGAGACAGUUGCUAAUAUGUUGCUGUUGGUUGCUUUUUUUAUAUAAAAAGAAAAACUGAGUUUUUUUGUUUUUUUCUUUUCUUCAUUUUAUUCUUCCUCACGAUUUGCACUAGAUGGGUUUUUUUCAUUCACUUUGUUUUAAUUUUUUUCUCCUCUCGGUUCUUGAAUGUGUCUAAAAAAGUGGAUUUUGAAGUUUGAAGUGCUUUCGAGUUGGAGAGAGUUUGGGCUGUUGAGUGAGUUGAACUGGGAUCGCACUGGAUUCCUGCACUCUGACUUUUUUACAGUGAUGGAAGAACUAGAACUGAUCUGAUCUGACCCUCCGUGUCUUCAGGACGGUGAUAGAUGGUGAACAUCUGAAGAACGGUUUUGGGUCAUAAAUGUUUGAAGGACAUCGCCUGACGUUCAGUAUCUGAAGGACUUUGAUGGUCAACGUCUAAAGGAAAGUGCUUUUCCACAAACGCCUGAGGCACAGUUUGUGAUGCUCAACAUCUUAAGGGACGUUGACGGACGGCCUACGUCUGAAGGACGUUCAUUGCGAGAGGUUCAACGAGUUCAACAGAUGUUUUCUGGACACCGUUCGAACUGCCAACACACUUAAUUAAAGGACGCCUGAGUGCCUUGGGCUGGAGCGACGACUCAGCACGCAUGAGCACAAUCUCACACAGUUGCACACACAAACACACACACACACACAUUACACAUUACACACAUGCACAACCUUUUCCAUGCGCUUUACUCAUCCUGCCACUUUAUCUCUCUGCUUUCCAUGGGCCACUCCUCUUUCUGUUCGAGUAAUCGUGUUAAACAGCGCUGUGUUCAGGUCCUGGCAGGUGUGUGUACUCUGUAAUAGGAAUGUUAUCUGUAUCGUAACAGCAUGAAUGACCAAAAUGCUGCAGCAACAACAAGAAGCAUCGUCAUCUGCUUUUCCUCUGGUUCGGGUUGGGUUUUUUCUACUGUAUUGUUAUAUGCUGAAAGCAUGGCACCAUUGAGAGAUGAUAAAAGAUCUAAUUUUUGUAAUAAAAUUGUGAUAUCUUAUGAUAAA